UUGACCAGUGACCAUAACAAACAAAUAUCAUCGUGUCCUCAUUAGAACUUUAACCUCAACUGUGUUGUGUUGAAAUAUAAAUAAAAACAAUAAUUAAUAUAAAUUCAAAUAAUUUAAAAAUGGCAACAGAAUUAUUACUUGGUGUGCGAUUAAUGCCUGGUCCAUCCAAAGUAAUUAAAUUAAAUGACGUUAAUUUAAAAGCCAAGGUUGAAAAUUUGCGAAUGGAAACUGCUACGAAAAUAGAACUUCCUAAGGAUUCAUUUGAGCUUAUAUACUGCGGAUGUAUACUUGAAGAUGACGUUACAUUGGAAUCUUGUGGUUUAAAAAGUGGAGCAAUGAUUCAUGUGUUGAAGAAAAAAGAUCCAGAGAUACCAGUACCAGCAAAAUCUAUUUCUGAAGAAAGUAUUCUACAACUGGCAUCUGCAUUCAGAUCAUUUAAUGAAAACCCGGCGUUGAGAAGUGCAUUACACCGGCUGAGUAAACGGCCAGAAGUUAUUGAAAAUAUUAUUUUAACAACUCCUGGACUCAAUGAAGACUCAGUAGCAAUUGCUAUGCUUCAAGAUCCUGAUUUAAUGGCAUACUUUACUCAUUCUGAUACUGUCAAAAGAAUUGCAGAAUUACACCCAGUAUUAGUUGAAGCAGCCCAGCUAAUAGCAGCAGCAGUACACGAAGAAGCCCACAAUGCAGCAGCAUCAUCUGGACCCUCAUCAUCAUCAAUGAACGCAGCAUCAACAGCUUACUCUUACAGCUUAGAUAAUUUAAGCGACGACGAAAUGGCCGGCGACUCAUCACAGUCAUCAGACUCAGCUCAGCAUCAAAACGGUUCAUCGCGACUAGAUGCUGGUUCCAAUCCAAUGGCAAUUACGACAGCACAAUUAGCAGCCGCGCUUGCACGUGCUGGCGCUAAUGGACGUACAAGAAUCCCGCCUCCAUCCAGUUCAUCGUCAUCAGCAUCAACAGGAAGCUUCAGUUCCGGUGUAAUAACUACGGAAAUGUUUACCCAAGCUAUGCAACAAGCCUUUGCUGCAAGUUCUGCUUCCGGUUUACCACCACCCCUUCAAACAUCAGCAUCGUCCACUGCUAUCAGUACGGCUCCAUCUGCAGCGAUACCACCAGUGAGAUCUUCAAGUAAUCUUGAAACACAACUUGCCCAGAUGCACGAAAUCGGUCUCCGAGAUGACACUAUUAAUAUCCAAGCCCUGGAAUUUACCAACGGCGAUGUCCAAGCUGCUAUUGAACUUGUCUUCAGUGGCCUAGGUGAUAAUUAAUCUUAUGCUUACAUAGAUAAGAUUAAUUAUAAAAUUUAAUAUAAUACAAAUACUUGAAGUAUUUAUUUGUUACUUUAUUACUCGAUUAUAAACAUUUAAGUUAACUCCGGUACAAUAUAAGGUUUCUUUGUAAUACGAUAAAUAGAAAUAUAAACAACUAUUUCAGCCUUUA